UAGAGAUUCAAAGUUCAGUGCGAUCAUUGUAAGGGAAUUUUUGUAAGGAACAUCAUAUCAUACUAUUAUUCAGUUGAUCGUUUUGAAGUUGGAAGGUUAUACUUACCUGGUGUUAGUUGGGAGUUUACACCUGUGAUUGUGAAUUCAUCUGAACCGUGAAGGCGGAAGUAAAACAAACUAUACGUGAAGAUUGAACACUACUUCCGACAAUGUUUUCUAUAUACCUUCUCCUCCUGGGGAGCAGCGUGUUAUUAUCCAAUGCCCAGUGGGAUAUGGAGGACCUGGUACAGCCUCCGUCAAUGAAGAGCACAUUCCAACAGACUUACUACCUGGCUGAUCAUGGGAAGGUGGAGUUCAGUGUGGCGUGUAAAGCUAGUGGUAACCCAACGUACCGAUGGGAAGUGGACGGUAUUACGAUUCAUAACCACAUGUUUAGGAACUUGUAUUCAAAUGGUUCCCUGUUCAUCAGCGUGUCCAAUGACACCUUCAGUCCAUACGGUGUCUACCAGUGCUUUGCCAACAACUCUGCAGGCUCCGCCAUGUCCAUCAAAUUCACCCUCACCAAACCUAGACUCACUGGUUUCCCGACCAGUCCAACUGUAGAUCUCCCCAGAGCUAAUGAAUAUGACUACCAAAGAAUCAAGUGUAACUCCCGCCCAACAUGUAAACCCGACUGGGCCUGCAGUACGGAGUGGAAGAUUGGCACCGGGACUGAAAACAGCAUAGAUAGUACUGGACCACGUGUCGCUCUUGAUGGAGAGGGUACCUUACAUUUCCUGUAUCUCCUAAGGACGGAUCAACUACAGUCAGGUCUGUACUAUGGCUGUGGAGUGUGGAACCAAGUAAUGUCUCUCCUGACCAAGGGUAGUCACACCACACUCAGUAUCACCAGUGUCGAUAAUCCAGGCCUUAAGGAUAUGGAGCUAAAAUAUAACAGAGGAGCAACGGGCACCAAAGGAAAAUCAGCCGAAUUACAGUGUAUUUUCUCUGGCUAUCCAUUGCCAACAAUCACAUGGUUUGACGAGAACGAUGAUGAAAUAGUUCCUGGAAGCGGAGAUAAAUACAUGCUGUUGAAUUACAACAGGAUACUGAGAAUAAAGAAUCUGACACCUGGAGAUGAAAUGAAUUACAAGUGUUGGGGCACACAGAACUAUAAUGGAGUUAUCAAAAAGUCUGCAGUGGUUUUCCUUAACGUGACAGGUCCACCUCAGGCGAAUAGUGAUCAGAUGCAAAAUGUUGUCAAACCCAUAGGAACUGCUGCCAAGUUUUAUUGUAACACUACUUCUCUACCAGGCGAGCUGGAACCUGCCGUACCCACUUGGUACUUCAACGGGGCUCUAAUUACUGAAGCUGAGGUUGGUUUUGAACAACGCUACAGAAAAGAGGCAAAUGGAAAAGUCCUGAUCGUCAAUAAAGUACAGAAAACAAACACCGGCAGUUUCCAGUGUAUGACUUCUAACAGCGAAGGUGUCUUCAUGCGUGAUGCGACGCUUGUCGUUAUAGACCCCAUCGUGGUUACUUACACUCCUCCAGAGGAAAUGGAACUGCUACCGGAGGAAGUGAAAUACCUCGCAGUAGAUGCCACAACCGACCCCCUGUUUACACUGAAGUACAGCUGGUCCUUUACAAACAAGGAUGGUGACAUCUUCUAUAAUAACGAUGUUGGAGAUAACUUUGGUUCCAACUUCCCAGAAGAGCUGGUACUGUCCAGUGAUAGAUCCAACCUAACACUUAACGGUGCUAACUUAGAAGGAGGAGAAAUAUUCAAACUUGUAGGUUCCUACAAACUCCGUGUUUUCCAUGACCAUGAAGAGAAAACAUAUUUUUCCGAGGUGACCACUGAUGACAGCAUCAAUCCUGCUCCUGUUGUGGUGACUACUGCCGGAGGUUUCAACCCGAUCAUCAUUGCAAUCAUCCUAGGCGUCAUCGUCCUUUUCAUUGUCAUCUUCCUCAUCGUCUGUCUCCUCUACAGAAAUAGAGGUGGUACCUAUCCAUUGGACAAAAAAGAAUUGGCAGCUGGACAUGACCCGGAGAAAGAACUGGCUAACAGUGGUUUCCAUGAUCUGUCAAGAGCGGACGGUUUUGAUGAUGAGAAACCCACCAAUGAUAGAAUGUCCCUAAACGACAGCGACAAGGACUACGACAGUGACGAUGACCUAGACCAGGAAUAUGGCAUUGACUUCGACACUUCAAAGUUCAAUGAAGAUGGCUCUUUCAUUGGUCAAUACACCGACAGCAAACGUCACCCUCCAAACCAGUCAGUCGUCUAAGACUGUAGACUACUGUCAAUUACCCAAAAUACAAAUGUCCUUUACAGCUACUGGUCAUAUAAAUUUUCUAAAAAACAUUAAAAUUUUAAAUGAUGGUCAUGUCCAGUCUUAACACAGAAAUCAAGAUACUAACUGGUGCAAGACCAAUUUAUUUUUUUAAGAAAAUGAUCAGUUUACCAAAAAUUGUAGUGCUUAUCAAAACAAGACAGCCAUUUUGUCACGGCUUCACUUGGACAUUUUGUUUCUCAUGAUUUCGAGUAGCUUUAGGUGUAUUUUUUGUUGUUUUAUAAAAAAUAAUUUUACCUAAAGAUACUGGAAAUGUGGUUUAGUGUCAGCAGCCAGAAACAAGACAACAAGAAAAAAGAAUGUAAAAAAAUGAAAAGAAGAAUUAGAUUGUUCAAAUUAUAAAAAUACCACUAGGGGUGUAUUACAAAGUACAAAUCAAACAUUGUUUUCAAGUUUUAACAUCAAUUUCUGUACAGGAUGUUUUUGAAUGGAUGCAUUUUUUUUUUAUCUUUUUAAUUUUAAAGUUAAAAAAGGAUGCAUUUCUCAGAGAAAUUAUCUGACUUCAAUAUUUCAUUUUACAUUUUCUAAGUUAAAAAUGUGAAAAUAAUAUCCCUAGAAAUUAAAAGUAACUUCUCUUUAAAACUAAAAGAACAUUUGAAGGUGCAGUUAGUGAUUGACUGAUUUCAAUUUUGCAAAAGUAUGUAGUUAAAAAAGAAAAUCAACUGAUAAUUUGCUUCAGAAAAUUUUUAAUAGUUGAACAUCGGGAAAAAAUCUGUGUAUUCUCUAUUAUGUUUCUGCGACUUAUCAGAUGUACUAUAAAUGUCAAUAGAAACCUUCCAGAAAUUCCAGGUUUAGUAAUUGUAAACAUUCCAGAAAUUCCAGGUUUAGUAAUUGUUAACAUUCCAAAAAUUCCAGGGUUAAGGUAUUGUUAACAUUCCAAAUAUUCCAGGUUUAGUAAUUGUUUACAUUCCAAAUAUUCCAGGUUUAGUAAUUGUUAACAUUCCAAAAAUUCCAGGGUUUAGUAAUUGAUAACAUUCCAGAAAUUCCAGGUUUAGUAAUUGUUAACAUUCCAGAAAUUCCAGGUUUAAUAAUUGUUAACAUUCCAGAAAUUCCAAGUUUACUUAUUGUUAACAUUCCAGAAAUGUUAACAUUCCAGAAAUUCCAGGUUUAGUAAUUGUUAACAUUCCAGAAAUUCCAGGUUUAGUAAUUGUUAACAUUCCAAAAAUUCCAGGGUUUAGUUAUUGUUAACAUUCCAGAAAUUCCAGGUUUAGUAAUUGUUAACAUUCCAGAAAAAUUCCAGAUUUAAUUAUUGUUAACAUUCCAGAAAUUCCAGGUUUAGUAAUUGUUAACAUUCCAAAAAUUCCAGGUUUAGUAAUUGUUAACAUUCCAAAUAUUCCAGGUUUAGUAAUUGUUAACAUUCCAAAUAUUCCAGGUUUAAUUAUUGUUAACAUUCCAAAUAUUCCAGGUAACCUGUCUAAACAUUAAAACUUCUUUCUUUUUUUCCCAGAGAUUUGUGGAUCUAAAACAUUUCUUUAUUGUAAUUUAAACUAUACAUUCCAAUAUAUUUCAUUUUUCCCUGGACAAGUUUUCAGUUGUAUGGAAUUAUCUAAAUGAAGAAAAAAAUCUGAUGACUGGCAAGUUGUGUGGAAGCAUGCUGUUCAAAACUACAUUAAUUUAGUUUUGUUUUGGAGAGGGAGAGGGGGAGGGGGAGGGAGGUGACAGGGAUUUGAUAGAUUAGGCAUUGAGAUAAAAUUGAAAAGAUUUAUUUUUGAUUGAAGUUAGAUUUCCAUGCCAAUGAAUUUGUUGAAUGAUAGGGUGAAAGGUAACAUCCAUUCCUGUCGUAACUUCACCAUCACUUUUCAUUUCAUAUUUGAGGUACAUUCCACACUAAAUCAAUCAUUCCAUGUUACGUGGAAUUAAUAUUACGGUUGUGUUAACUACUACAGAGUGUUACUCUCAAUAAUGAAGAGGAAAAUCAAAAUUCUGUUAAUUUUUUUAGGAUUUUUUUUUGUUUUUUUUUGUUCUUUGUCUAUUUCAGAAGAAAAGUCUGUAUGAGAUUUGAGUAACGCUUAUGAAAGUUUUGUGUCCUAGCAAAUGCAUUGGUCCCGAGAUGUUUAUGAUUUUUAACCAAAAUGUGUUUCUGUAGUGUAGGUUUAAUUUCUUUUUAGAUUUCUAUAGUGAUAUAGGUUGAAUCUUUUGAUGGUUGAUUUCCAUAUAAGUGAAACAUUUAUCAGAAGUGGUCAAGUUUAUUAGUGGCAUUUCAAGCCGUUAACUUUGUGUGUGAAUCUCCAGUACUUUGAUAUUGAGAGUAUCAUAGAGAAAAGUCUAUCAUUGGGGAUUUAAUAUGGUACCUGUACCUGUCUGUCAACAAACAAAUAUUACAUGUAUCAGAAAAGAAGUUCUACAUUUCAGAGUGAUAUCCAACUUUUUUGUUGGCUUGAUAAGUAGAUCGAAUAUCUAAUCCAACAGGUGUCGAAUCUCAAUAUUUCAAGAUAAAUUUUUCAUGUUCGGUGAAAGAAACGCGUAAAUUUUAUGAAAAUUAAUUUUGUCAAUUUGGACCUAAUUGACUGGGGGGGAAAUAGCUGUCACACAAAUCAGAUGUAUAUUGGUGAAGUAUGAUACUGUUUGGAGUCAUAUCAUACGAUAGUCUUCUACACAUCUCUGUAUUAGUAGUUUGGUAAAAAUCUUAUUAUCACAGUCCCAGGUUUAUGAAAAUGGCAUCAGUAGACAUUUCAUAUGGCACAAGUUUUAUGACUAAUAUUUUCUUAGAGUAAAUUUAUUUUGAGACUUAAUAAACCCAAAAACACAAUCAUGUUAAUUGGACUGUUUCAAAACCAAACAAAGAUGAGAGUUCCUGCAGUUUUAUCUGAAUAUUGAAAGGUGCCAUAUUAAACUAGUUUAUAUUGUGAUGAGUGGCAUGAUUGUUUUAGCCACUCCCAAGGCCAGCCUGUGUCCUACACAACACUAUGUAUAUAUAAUAUUGACAUUAUAGUUGUAUUAUCACUUUGAAUAUCAUUAUUUUAAAAGUUUGAUAAACUAACAAUGAUUUUUAAGAGAAAGAUUAUGUAACAGAAAGUGAUUCUGCAUGUGUUUUAAGUCUUGAUGCUGAAAAAAAAGCAUUUAAAUGUUUUCGGUGACAUCUAUAAGUAUAGGCAGUCUGCCAAUGUAUAGCCUUGGGUUGAAGUUUGGGCUUCAGUUUCUUUUAAAGAUGAAAGUUGUACCCAUUUAUAGCUUUAUUUUGAAUUUUCAUGCCAAUCGUAUGAUCACAAGAUUUAUUGUCAUAUGAUCUAAAAUUUUGUUGUCACAUGAUCACAAGGAUGGUUGUCACAUGAUCAUAAGUUUUGUUGUCACAUGAUCACAUGGAUGGUUGUCACAUGAGUUUUGUUGUCACAUGAUCACCUGAUUUAUGGAGUAGUAUAAGCUUGUGUAAAAUUUCUCUGUUUAGAUGUUUUGUAUGUUUCACUGUAUGUGAUUCAAACCUCGUUUUCGGUAAAUAUUCCCGACAGGUAAAUAUUCCCUGUGUGUUUGUCCGGUACAUAUAUAGUUGUACACAAAAACAGUCAUUCAUGUGUACAUUAAUCUUGUGCUGGCAACAUGUACCAGUGACUUGUAAUUGUAUGAAGGUAAAUUUGUGUAUGAAACGGAAAUCAGCCGAAAACGAUUUUUGAACAAAUUUACCCUAUAACUUUUUUUUUGCAUUUGAUUAUAUAUAUAUAUUUUUUAACAAUGAAGAUGUCGAAGUUACAACUUAGAUUUACUAUGUAAGGGAACAAGAUCAGUCCAGUAUUACACAUAGGACACCAUUCCUGUGCAAUCGUUUGUUAAAUUGUUAUAUUUUUAUACAAACACGGGUUCCGCAGGUCUUGGUGUUUUUACAGCAGCCUCUGGUCGUCUGACAUUAGUGCCCUAAUCCGUGAGUUUUGCUGAUUUGCCAGGUCGGUCACGUGACCAGAGGACUCAGGUUGCUAUGUUAGUAGUACCCACUAGUCGUCAAGGUAGCAGUUACUUAACUACAUGACAGGCCAUGUUCUUUCAACAUCUGAGACAAAAUCCAGUUACAUCAGAAGUGGGGUGGACUAUCGACUUGAAUGUGUCGUCUUAUAUGUUGACAUGCAUCUGAAAGUCAGUUUGAGGGGAUUUGUCAACAGAUGUCGGAGGAAGCAUGGCUUGCUGUUGUUUAGCAACAAGAGUUACCUUAGCGACUGGUUGCCAGGUCAAACAUAGCAGCCUGGGUUAUGCAGGCCCUGGGCCAGGAACUUUUUUUGUUGAAAUUUUGUAAUAUUUUGUAUUUCUGUCAAUGAGUAGACAUAAUAUAGAUGUUUAUAAUGUGAUGAGUUGAUGGAAAUCGGAAGUGACCUGCCCUUGGUAUGCUCAGAUGAGUGCAGGAGACAAUGUCAUACCAUACAUCAAAUGACAAAAAUGCUAGAAUAACUUUGAUUUUAAUUAAAUUUUUUUUAUAAUUUCAUUUUCUCCAGAUUGUUUUAAUUGUAUUGGUUAUUCUAAAGAGAAAUACCAUCAGCAAAAGCAGUAUCAGUAUUGAUCUGUUAUCAAUAGUUUGCACUUUUCUAUAGAGGUAAAUGUUGGUGGGAGAUCAUUUCCAUCUGUCAAACUGUGAUACGUGUACAGCCCAGUUUUAAACAUAUCUACGCCCUGUAUCCAGAUGUAAACUCGAACACAUCAGUAGUUUACCUAGUAUAUUCUUAUGGAUAUCUCAAUAACACAUGUUGUUUUUAAUUUGGAUAUGAUUAAUUAUCUGUGCAUUACAUGUUUCCAUGGUAACAGUAGUCCACCCCCUGGCUGUAUGGGUGUGGUCCCCACAGGAGUAUUGAUUGUCCAGAAGGGCACGGUAUUUUUCCUUCCUCAUCUAAUCAAUAAAGAUUUGAUAUCAAUA